UUCUUUCUGUUCCUGAAAAACGCACUUGGUAGGGUUGAUACUUUCUUUUCUGGCGUUUCACCUUGAGGCAUUCGUCAAAAUGAGUGACCCCAGAAUCCCCAAGUUGUACCACAGGACGACGCCGCAUUGGCAGCAGGAACAACGCAACGCGUUCUGGGAGCUCAAUGAAAACAAGCACCCGCCAUUUAACACCAGACCAGACAAGCUCGAAGCUCAUGCCGAAGAAUCACUAUCAGUAAAUGGUCGGUUGUAUGCACAAUCGAACGCCGGCCAAGGAUGGACACACCUCGGCAACAGACAAGCCUUCUAUAGGCACCGAUUGAUCCCUCACCAAUUGGUCGAUGUGAAUGAACGAGACACAACCACCACUCUCUUCGGGCACAAGGUCUCGGCACCCAUUGGCUUCGCCCCCGUCGGCAUCAACAAGAUUUAUCAUCCCAAAGGCGAGCUCCCCGUGGCGAAAGUUGCCGGUGAAUUGAGGUUGCCAUAUGGAUUGAGCACAGCUGGCUCCUGCACCAUUGAGGACGUCGCCGCCUCGAACGAUGCUGGAAGAGAGUCAGACGCAGCCGUCAAGGUUGAGGGGGCAGAUAAUGACUCGCCCGUCCGCUUCUUCCAGCUGUACCUGCCACACGAUGACGAUUUGGCUAUUUCACUCCUCAAGCGAGCUGUGGCUUCUGGCUUUACAGCAUGCAUCCUGACAACGGACACAUGGCAACUCGGCUGGCGCCACGACGACAUCACCACCUCCAACUACGCCUUCUACCGUGGAAUCGGAGCCGACAUGGGCCUAGUCGACCCAGUGUUCCAGAAACGCCUUGCGGAGGAAGGCGUCGAUCCCAAGAAAGAUCCCGAAAAGGCCGCGGCCAUGUGGAUUGACAAUGUGUGGCACGGUCGUGCAUUUUCGUGGGAAAAGAUGCCCUGGCUCAUCAAGACCUGGAAGGAACUGAGCGGUGGAAAGCCAUUCUGCAUCAAAGGUAUCCAAUCCGUUCACGAUGCACAAAAAUGUGUCGAUCUAGGCUGUGACGGUAUCGUGGUGUCCAACCAUGCCGGUCGUCAAGUCGACGGCGCCAUUGCCAGUCUCGACGCGCUUGAGAAUAUCGUCAACGCCGGGAUUGGUGAGAAGCUGACUGUCAUGUUCGACUCGGGUGUUCGCGGCGCAUCAGAUGUCAUCAAAGCGCUUUGUCUUGGAGCGAAGUUUGUCUGGGUAGGCAGAAUGUGGAUUUACGGCCUCAGUAUCAUGGGCGAAGAAGGCGUCCGCCACGUCAUGAAAAGUCUUCUUGCCGAGUUCGACAUCUCCAUGCUCACAGCUGGCUUCAGAAACAUUGGAGAAAUGACUCGAGACAGACUGGAGAGCUACCCGAAGAGUUACACCCUGAUUGCAGAGAAGUCGAAGCUCUAGAGUAUAGAAAGGACGACUUAGAGAGGUUUUAAAGGCCAUGGGAUAAAAUCGAUGGUGUUGUGUUUGCUCUCGUUAAUCAGCCUGCUACCUGCAUGUCUUAUCCAGAAGACCAUGAAAAUCGCUUUCCUCUCGAAGGGGUAUUAUAAUCAUGGUCCUAUUCUGACCAGGUAGUAUUCCAAGCCAA